AAAAUGGAUGGAGGAAAUCAAUCUAUUGUGUCAGAAUUUGUGCUCCUGGGACUUGCACACUCAUGGAAUAUGCAGAUCCUACUCUUCCUGAUAUCUUUCAUGCUUUAUUUGGUGACUGUAUCUGGAAAUAUUCUCAUCAUGAUCUUAGUCAUCACUGACUCCCACCUGCAUUCUCCCAUGUACUUCUUGUUGGCCAAUCUGUCUUUUGUUGAUAUGUUGCUUUCAUCUAACACCACUCCUAAGAUGAUCACAGAUUUUCUCAAGGAGAACAAGACUAUAUCUUUUGGAGGUUGCAUGUCCCAGAUCUUUUUUUCCCAUUUAAUUGCAGGUCUUGAGAUGGUUCUCUUGGUAGUAAUGGCCUAUGACCGCUAUGUGGCCAUUUGCAAACCACUCCAUUACUCCACCAUCAUGAGACUGCAAAGAUGCAUAGGGUUGGUGGUUACUGCAUGGACCACGGGCUUUGUGCAUGCCAUGAGUCAAAUUGUUGUUAUUGUGAGGUUGCCUUUCUGUGGUCCCAGGGAAGUUGAUAGUUUCUUUUGUGAUAGACCACUGGUAAUUAAGCUGGCCUGCAUGGACUCAUAUAAGUUGAAAAUUUUAAUGAACAUUGACUGUGGGGUUGUAGCUAUCACCUGCUUUAUUCUAUUGUUGAUAUCGUACACAUAUAUUCUUGUCACUGUCCUCCAAAGCUCUAAAACUGGUGCAUCCAAGGCACUGUCCACCUGCACUGCUCAUGCCACAGUUGUGGUGCUCUUCUUUGGGCCCUGUAUCUUUAUUUAUGUGUGGCCACUAAACAUCACAUGGUUAGACAAGUUUCUUGCCGUGUUUUAUUCUGUUAUUACACCUCUCCUAAAUCCAGCUAUUUAUACUCUGAGAAAUAAAGAGAUGAAAAAUGCUAUUAAGAGAUUCAGAAGCUACUACAUGGAUUCCAAGAUAAGUGCUUAA